UUGGAUUGGCUUAUAAGAAAGCCAAUUAGAAACAACUAUUUUCUAACAAAGGCCAAUCAGAUUGCUCAAGGCGUUACCUCGGUGUAGAAUGACGUAAUUAUUUAUUUUUUUGCGGACUGGGAUAAGGGAAAUACGUUAUCUAAAAGAAAAGUGUCAAUACGAUAUUUCAAUUAAAACAAUACUAUAUUCACAUAUGGAUUUUUAUGCUAUCAAACGUUGAUAUUGAGAUUUUAAAGAGUUAAAUUGUAACUCUUUAUUCGACGUUACUCAUGACGAGGCAUAUUCUUCCGGGUUAUUUUGUCGUGCCAUGUGUUGUGGGAUCUGAGUUCUGAUUUUAGCAAAAUGAGUUCUCAAAAAGGCAACGCUUCUCGCUCGCGAGGACAGAAACACCAAAACACGACUGCUUACAAGAACGACAAAUAUGGAGCAAGUGUUCAAGUAAAGAUAGCAAACUCAAAGGUCCACGACGGGUUGUGCCAACGCUGCAAGGAAGUUAUUGAGUGGAAAGUCAAGUACAGCAAAUACAAAUCCCUCACCCAACCCCGAACAUGUGUGAAAUGUUCUCUGAAGACCGUGAAGGAUGCGUAUCACGUCAUUUGUAAACCCUGUGCCCUGAAGCUGGAGCUUUGUGCCAAGUGUGGGAAGAAAGAGACCAUCGUAAUUCCGGUUGACAAACAGAAGCAGGAAGAGGAGGAAGAGACCAAUCAAAAGAAGACAGGAUGCACUCUGAGGAAGAAAGACUUAGAUGAGUUUGACAAUGAGGAUUUUGGCAACUUGAGCAGUGACUCAGGUCUUGAGAAUUUAGGAGGCAAGGCCCCUAUCGCUGAUGUGGCACAUGUUAGUUUCAAAGACUAAAGACAGCCAAACCAAGACCACCAUAACUGUACCUCUACUGUAUUAAUAUACAUUUCCUCUGAUUAUAUGUACUUUUGCAUAGAAGCCUCUUCACUGUAGAUUUCACCACUCAUACAAUAGCCUACUUGUAUUUGGGGUUGGAACAUUAAAUGAACAAAGCCCACUUUCAGUGAACUGUUUUGUAAUAAGUCCUAUGGGAUAUCAAUUGUCAUGUUUUGAUAGGUUUAAGGAAGUGUUAUCCUGUCGUGUUUUAAAGUACAAUUGACAAGCAUUAUGGUGACCCCCGCAGCAUUUCCCAUUGAAAAAAGAUAACGAGUGCGUUCGGUAAGUAUUCAGACCGUGACUCUUUCCACUUGUUACGUUACGGCCUUAUUCUAAAAUGGAUUAAAUUGUUUUCCAAAUUUCACAUUUACAGAAGUAUUCAGACCCUUUACUCAAUACUUUGUCGAUGCACCUUUGGCAGUGAUUACAGCCUCGAGUGUUUUUGAGUAUGGCGUUACAAGCUUGGCAGACAUGUAUUUGGGAAGUUUCUCCCAUUCUUCUCUGCAGAUCCUCUUAGUUGGAUGGAGAGCGUUGAUGCACAGCUAUUUUCAGGUCCUUCAGAGAUGUUAUAAUUGGGUUGAAGUCUGGGCUUUGGCAGGGCCACUCAAGGACAUUGAUACUUGUCCUGAAGCCAUUCCUACAUUGUCUUGGCUGUGUGCUUAGGGUUGUUGUCCUGUUAGAAGCUGAACCUUCGCCCCAGUCAGGUCCUGAGCACUCUGGAGCAGGUUUUCAUCAAGGAUCUCUCUCUGUACCUUUCUCUGUUCAUCUUCCCUCGAUCCUGACUAGUCUCCCAGUCCCUGCUGCUGAAAAACAUUCCCAUAGCAUGAUGCCACCACCAUGCUUCACCAUAGGGACGUGACGUGACGCUUGGCAUUCAGGCCAGAGUUCAAUCUUGGUAUCAUCAGACCAGAGAAUCUUGUUUCUCAUGGUCUGAGAUUCCUCUAGGUGCCUUUGGGCAAACUUCAAGCGGGUUGGCAUGUACUUUUUACUGAGGAGUGGCUUCCGUCUGGCCACACUACCAUAAAGGCCUGAUUGGUGGAGUGCUGCAGAGAAGGUUCUCCCAUCUCCACAAACUAACUCUGAAGCUCUGUCAGAGUAACCAUCGGGUUCUUGGUCACCUCCCUGACCAAGGCCCUUCUCCCCCGAUGGCUCAGUUUGGCCAGGCAUCCAGUUCUAGGAAGAGUUUUGGUGGUUCCAAAAUUCUUCCAUUUAAGAAUGAUGGAAGCCACUGUGUUCUUGGGGACCUUCAAUGCUGUAGAUGUUUUUUGUGUGCCCUUUUUAAGCCUUGAGACGGAUUGUGUAUGUGUGCCGAUCAAGGGGUGAAUGAGCAAGACAAACGAUUUAAGUGCUUUUGGACUGGGUAUGGCAGUAGGUGCCAGGCGCAUCUGUUUGUGUUAAGCACUGCAACACUGCUGUGUUUUUCAUGCUCAACCGUUUCCUGUGUGCAUCGAGAAUGAUCCACCACCCCAAGGACAUCCAGUUAACUUUACACCACUUUGGGAAGCAUCGGAGUCAACAUGGGCCAGCAUGCCAAUGGAACAUUUUCAACACCUUGUCCUGACGAAUUGAGGCAGUUCUGAGGGUAAGGGAGGUUAUUAUAUAUUGUUAUUUAAGCUCUUUGCUUCCCUCUGUUGGCCAUGGUGGGACUGUUACGUUCCCCAGUUUAUGUGUUGUAGUUUGUAUGUGUUUAUUUCAGGAAAUGGCUUCCUGAAAUCCCUCAAGCAGCUGAUUGGUCGACUCCAGGGCUAAUUGGAGAGCUGACCCCGCCCCCUCGUCAAGACAGCUGUCUCCAAUUACCCAUUCAAUCUGAAGCUAUAUAAAUGCCAGUGUUCUGUUCAGGAGGGAGAGAUUUGUCUUUCUAGUUUGAUUUGCUUUGGUUCCGUCCAGCCCCUUUUCCCCAUAUUACCGUGUGAAGGAAUAAAGUCCUGGUAAACGGUA